UGUUUGCUUUCUCAUUCCCAUUAAUUUCUUAAUUUGUUUAUGUAUUUCCUCGUUUUUGUCCAAUUCUACUCCAAAGAAAUGUGCCAUAACCCCCACCUCUAUCCUUGUUUACAUUGCCACCCACACAGCUACAUUAGAAUGGUUCACCAUCUUAUAGAAAGAUGCUUGCUCCUUCACAUGAGUAGAGACCAAUGCAUAAAGGCGCUUGCAGAGCAUGCAAGCAUUAGGCCCGUCGUCACACUUACAGUGUGGAGAGAGCUACAGAAAGAGAAUCAAGACUUCUUUCAAGCAUACUUUCACGCUAUACCUCCGAGACCCUUAAUGAGAAGAUAUAUUCAAAGGGCACCAAAAUUAGCAAGGAGGAAACACUACUGGAAGCUUUGUUGAAGAUCAAUCGAUGAUCGAUAUGUGAGGGAAGAGAAGAUAAGCUCAAAAUUAGCAAUGUAUUAGGAAUUUAAGAUCCUAGGCGUUAAAGGUGAUAAUGUUUUUUUAAUGAAUUAAAGCUGGAUAGCACAUUAAAUAUAAGGGAAGUCAAUUAAAUUAAA